CUUCAGUUUACGCGUCCAGUCAACCGCUACUUGUUUUCUCUCUCACACGGCAGCCUCCAUCCCAUCCCCUCGUCUCGCGCUGCCGUCCUCCCACAACCGACAUGUCCCCUGCUUCCGAUGACGAGGGAGUAGAUCAGCUCUACGAUUCGGACGAAGAUGCCGGGUCUGACGCUUCCGAAUUCACGCCUCCACCCGGGGCGGAUGACCCAGAAGGUCUGCAACUAUUCAUGGACAGGAUCACAGAAGGGCAGCUGGAAGAUCCGGAACACCAGGUCAUGGAUUGCAAGCGACUGUAUGAGAUGGUGAAAGACGGGAGUAUCGAUCUAGAUCCCUCGUAUCAACGUGACGUGGUAUGGAGCACUACAAAGCAGGUUGGCCUUGUUGAAAGCUUGAUGCUUAAAUAUUAUGUUCCGCCCAUAAUAUUUGCUCUCAUCAACAUCCGUACACUCCAAGAAAAGUACAUCUGCAUAGAUGGAAAACAGCGAGUCACUUCUAUAAUACGGUUCAUGGACGGCGAAAUCCCAUACUCUCGGCCUGGUUCGAAAGAAAAGUUUUGGUGGUCGGAUGUGGGAGCACCGGGAAAGAGAAAGGUCCUCCCGGGGCCUCUGAAGAAGCUCUUUGAGAAGAUCAAACUCCCAUCGGUGACGUACAAGGAGCUCAGGGAUGAUCAGCAGAGAGAUAUCUUCCAGCGUGUCCAGCUUGGUGUUGCACUUUCAUCUGCCGAGAAACUCCAGGCCAUCUCAUCCCCGCGCUCCUCAUGGAUCACCUUUCUGGAGCGCAAGUACAUUGAUGGUGAAUCUGGCACCCUCAAGGGCCUGAUAGAUUGGGAUCUGAAACGAGCGAAGGGCUUCCAGAAUACAGCAUUCUUCGUCUGCCUCGCCAGUAUGAACUUUGACAAGCGUCAAAAAGCAGAGAAUAGUAGAUCAUCGGGACGAUCCACAUGGACGUCCGGUUUUGAGAACUGUUCUCCUGUGAUGGUGCCUACGACCGGCAAAUUGAAGACGUUCCUCGAGCGACCGGAUGAGGUGAGCGCCCGUGUUAGCUUUGUGAUAAACAUGCCUAAUAGGACGCAGCCGAACGACGCCUUCAAGGCAAAGGUAGAGCUGGCAUUGGCCAUAUGGGUCAAAAUUGGACAGGAGUUUGGUCAAACGGCAUUCCACACUGUAUCAUCACGCGUCUCUCCAGUCGAGAGCAUGUUCAUACCCUAUGUCAUCUUUACUCACGCCGCUCACUUGACUAUCCCUCAACUCGCCAAAGUCAUCGGCAACCUCCGUGUCGAAAUACACACCAAGCACCACGGCAACGUGCUCACCAACGCCAAAACCGCACAAACAUUCAGUGAUUGGUUGCUGAAGACGCCGGCUUCCAUAGCGAAACAGGUGGGCAAUAAGGAGGAAAGACAGUUUGCGGCGGAGGAGUGUGAGAAGGAAGUGCAUGUGGGAGUGCCCGUCAAUGGGGAAGGACCGGCGAAGAAGAAGAGACGGAAGGGAUAGAGAUAGAGCGUGUGUGGUAUAUUUUCUUCGUUCAGGUCUGAACAUGGUGUACUCGUAUGUAUCAUAUUUCCGAC